UAUAUAUAUAUGUAAGUACACACAACAUACAUACAUACAGUACACACUGGGACUCCAAAUGAAGCCCCAGACCAAAUACGGCGUUGCGGCAACAGCAGCCUCAACGCUGCUAGUGGAGGAUGUGAGAAACUUUACCACACGGCGCCGCAAUUUGCUGUACCUGAUGCACCGCUAUUUGGUGGAGAAUGGGUACUAUAACAGCGCCGAGACACUGAAGGGGGAGGGCCGGCUGACCGAGGAGUAUGAGGUGUGCGAUAAUGUGGACCUCGACGCCAUCUAUUUGGAGUAUGCGAGCUAUUUCAAUAUGAAGUUUGGCAAAUAUCCGCGCGUGCUCAAAAAGCUGGGACCCAAGCUGAAAGUGGAGCUCAGCUCGACGAAGGGCGUUGGCAAGGCAAUCGACCAGCCGACGUCACAGCCGACGUCGCAGUUGCAGUCGCAGUCGCAGUCACAGCCGCAGUCGCAGUCGCAGUCGGUGCAGCGACCCGGCGAUGCUCAGGCCUGUUGGCAUGCGGGCGUUGGUGCAGCGACUGCCGCGGCUGCCGCCAGCCUGGCCGCCGACCCGCAGCAGCUGGGCCCGGGCCAGCUGCAGGCGAGCCGACUGUCGCUUCACAUCAAAAAGAUGGAGACGGCCGAGUCGAUGGCAGAGCCACGGAUCGCUGCACUCAAUGAAAUCGAGCAUGGGCAUGCGGGCGACGAUGCGCUAUUCGCCUCGCUCGAAUGGCAGGCGCUGGCUGAGCUGGUCAAGACGAGCAUCCUGUGCGAGGACAUCAAGCUGCGCUGGACGGACAUCUGCGGCAAUCAGAACGCCAUCGAGCUGGUCAAGGAGGCCGUACUGACGCCCAUCGAGUAUCCGCAAUUGUUUGCCAACGGCCUCAAGCCCUGGCGCUCCCUUCUACUGCACGGCCCGCCCGGCAGCGGCAAGACCUACCUGGCCAAGGCCCUCUACGCCGAGACGCGCGGCAAGGUGACAUUCUUUAACAUCACGGCCAGCAUCAUGGUGUCCAAGUGGCGUGGCGAAUCGGAAAAAAUACUGCGCGUGCUGUUUCACAUGGCCGCACGCCGCUCACCCUCCGUCAUCUUCUUCGAUGAGAUCGAGAGUCUGACCUCGAAACGAGAUCGCGCCACAGAUCACGAGUCCUCGAAGCGAUUCAAGAACGAGCUGCUGCAGCUGCUCGACGGCAUGGAGCAUACGCUCAGCGGCAUCUUCGUGCUGGCCAGCACCAAUCUGCCCUGGGACAUCGACGAGGCCUUCCUGCGACGCUUCGAGAAGAAGCUGCUCGUGCAGCUGCCCAGCGCCGCCGAACGCUCCAGCCUGAUCAACCGCCUGCUGGGCUCAACGAUCAGCCUGACGCCCAAGCUGCUGGAGCAGCUGACUGCCCUCUCCGAGCACUUCACCGGCGACGAGAUACGCCUGGCCUGCAAGGAGGUGAGCAUGCAGCGCAUGCGCCAUGCCACACGUGCCUGCCGCGAGCCGAACCCAACCAAGCAGCCGCAGGCCCCGCAGGACGGUAGCGUAGAGCGGGCCUUCCAGCAGAUCCGACCGCUGGGCAUGAAGCUGUUGGCCAAGCACGAGCAGUGGCAGCAAGAGAACGGCUCCUGAAUGCCACCGUUCACAUUAAAUGAAGAGAAGCUGCGAGUA